AUGUCGAGCAUUGGUCUCUUGCAUUCAGAGAAACAUGGAAGAAAGUCGAAGAAAUACAUUUUUCAGAGCUAUGAGAAGGAGAUUAGUGAUAGAAUUGUUAACAUUCCUUUACGAAAGAAGGCAAAGAAAAGAGAUGGUCUUGAAAAGGGAUCUAGAUCAAUGUAUUCCAAGCUUACUUCGCAGUAUGAAGAAGCUUUACGAAGACAAGAUUUACAACAGGUCUUAUGGAUGAUUACAAAUGGUGACAUAUCUCCUGAUUACGAGACAAAGGAUGGAGAUACAGCACUUUUAGCUGCUAUUGCGACAAGAGAUCGAGAUACGUUUGCAAUUCUAAUGACUAGUGGCAUUUCAAUUAAUUCGUCAAAUCGAAAAGGAUAUACCCCGUUAAUGAAAGCUAUUGCUUUAGCUGUAUUACGACAUCCAUCUAAAUUUCAGUUAAAGAAUCAAUCAUUGAUAUCAAACAAUAAAUUUGAAAAGAAGCAAAGUCUCAAUUGUAAGCAAUUUGACAACGAGAUGAUUGCGAUGGUGUUGGCUUUUAAACCAAAUUUACAUCAAAUGGAUCAAUCAGGUAAAACUGCCUUCGAUUGGGCGCGACUUACAGGAAAUACACAAGUUCUUGAAUGGUUAUCUCAAUGUCAAAUUGAACAACCUUUGACAGAUCAAAGUAAGGAACGAAUGACACAAUGUCAAAAGAUUCUCACGUAUCAUAACGAGUAUCUACAACGUAUGGAAGAGCUCAUUGCUCCUCAAUUUUUUAAUGAAAAGGACUUGAUAGAGUUUUUAAAGUCCAUGACAAUAACAUUGUCAGAAUUUGAAAAAGCUCGUUCCGAUUUCAAGAUACUUGACAAGUCUCAAUUACCAAUGCACAAUUUUCUUCAGAUUGAAACACAACAAGGUUGGACACCAUUAACGAGAUGUGCAGCAUUAAAUUAUAAUGAUGGUGUUCAGGAAUUACUGAAAUUAGGUGUUGAACUCCAUUACGAGACAAAACUUCGACAUACUGCAAUGACAUGGGCUAGUUAUUGUGGACACGAAGCUGUCGUUUUAACUCUUCUUCAAGCUGGUGUAGAUGUGAAUCAACGAACACGCGAAGGUAAAACGGCUUUGAUGCAUGCAAUUAGUAAUUCCCAAGCUCAGAUUGUGCACCAUUUACUUCUUGCAAUACGAGAUGAAUGUUUUCCAAAGCGAUUAUUCCAAACAUCAAUUGAAAUGAAGACAAUAAAACAUGAAGAAGACAAUAAUGAAACGAUAAAUGGCUUGCAAUCUAUUGAACUCGAAUGGUAUACAUUGUUUCUAGAGAAGAUGCAGUGGCAGGAUUCUAUGGGUAAAGAUGUUUUGAUGUUAGCCAAAGAUGCUGUUGAGCAAGCACAGAAAGAUAAUUAUGAUAUUCUUGACAAUAAAAAGAAAAUUGACGCUGCGACUCAAGUAUUGAAGCAAGUUAAACAAGCUAUUGAAGAAGCUCAAGCGUAUCAAGUGUAUAGUGCAAAACUCGUCGAUCGUACCGAAGUUACAACAUGUUCGAAUGAAAAUUGUCAGUUUAUUGCUACGAAAGAUAUGAUGCUAGCACACGAGCAAUAUUAUUGUUCAAAUGGAAUGGUAAAAUGUCGUUAUUGUGACUUGAAUGUUUUGAUGGAUGAUAAAUCUCGUCAUGAAGUUGAAUCGUGUUCAAUGCGUCGUGUAUCAUGCAUAAAUUUACAAUAUGGAUGUCAAGAAAACGUUGUGUAUCAAGAUCGAGAACAUCAUGUGAAAUAUUAUUGUCAGAAACGAUUGGUCAAGUGUCGUCUUGAUUGUGGUUUUCUUGGACAUUUUGACACAUUGCACAAACAUGAAAGUUUGUCAUGUCCUUUACGAAUUGUCACUUGUGCUCAAGGAUGUGGUGCGACCUUUCCAUCAAAUCAAAGCAAACAUCAUGAACGAGAUGAAUGUUCACAACGAAUUAUUGCAUGUAUUGGGGAAAAGCAAUAUAUUGGAUGUGGGGAAUUGAUAAAAGUCGACGAGAUGAAAGCUCACCUUACGACAUUGUGUCAAUAUCGAAAAAUUGCAUGUAAAUGGGCUUUAUAUGGUUGUAAUAAAGAGAUUGGUGGGAUUGUUCAAGCUCGAGAAUAUCACGAAACAAUUGAGUGUCCAUAUCGUUUAGUAUCUUGUCGUCAUAAUUGUGAAUUAAGCGGUCAAUUCGUCGCAUGUUUUGCUGAUGAACACUAUCGUUGGCAAUGUCAACUCGAACCAAUAAUUUGUUCGAACAAUUGUCGCAAUGAAGUGACGAAUGAAGUUUUACAAGUACCUCGAUAUUUACAAAGACUUCACUUUAAUUGUUCUUUGAGACAAUUCCAUUGUCCAUUAGAUCUUUGUGGAAAGUCUAUUCGAAUCUACAAUACAGAGAGAAACAAUGUGAAUCAUGAUGAGAAGAAUUAUUGGUCCAAUAACAUGACAAUAUCUCGACAAGUUAUGCAGCAUCGUAUUGCUGCAUAUGAUGCAUUUUUCACUACUUUUCAAACAUCACAAUCUCAUACAAACGAACGAAUGUUUUCUUCUCUUCAAAUUUGGCUUCAAAGUCUUUAUCAUAAACUAAACGAAGAUUCGAAACAUCAUCAACUUCAAAUGGAAAAACGAGCACAAAUGUGUCGUGUCUUGGCCUUUGAUUUCACAACUUUUACAUAUCAAGUUGAAUAUUCCGACAAUUCACUUGGUUCAUUAUUUCUUCAAUACUGUGAUUAUGAUCUUGUUAGUAAUCAAGACGAGACUUCCGUUCUUUGUUGUGGAUUAUUAACAAUGGAAUCUUUGAAUAUGCACAUUCAAACGUCAUGUUGUCAUCGUUUGAUUCCUUGUCCAUUAAACUGUGGAGAGCAAAUUUCAAUCAAAGAUACUGAUGUACAUGUAAGUCAAGAAUGUACGAAUCGUAAUGUGAAGUGUGGAUUAGGAUGUGGAGAAAUCAUGGCAUUUGCGUUACUUUCAACACAUGAAAACGAUUCUUGUGAUCUUCGAUUGAGAAAUUGUGAAUAUUGUCAAAGUUUGGUAUCUUGUUUGAAAACUCACUUUGAUAAAGCAUGUCAACAUAGACCACGAGGUUGUCGACUUGGUUGUUCAGAUCAAGUGACGUGGGCAGAGCAAGAGAAACAUGAAAUGAAUCGAUGUUCAAAGUAUUUGAUAUCAUGUUUACUUUGUAAGAAAUUUAUUUGGAGAUCUGAGCUUAAAGUUCACGACGAAAUGGAAUGUUCAUUUCGAUAUGAUGGUUCUUGUGAUAAUAAUUGUGGUGAAAUAUUACGACAGAAUGAAAGGAAGUCUCAUCUUCUUAACGUUUGUAUCAAUCGAUUAGUUGAGUGUUCACAAUGCAGCGAACAAAUCAAAUUUUCAUCUUUAUCUUAUCAUCAAAAUUCUCUUUGUUCUCAACGAAAAGUUUAUUGUCAACAAGGAUGUGGAGAUCAAUUUAAAGCAAAUGAAAUGGAAAAUCAUGAGAAAGAAUUUUGUUCUAAGCGUCUUCAAAAGUGUUUCAACAAAUGUGGAAUGAAACUUUCCAUGGAUGAAAUGAACAAACAUCUUCAUUCAAGUUGUGCACUACGACUUUUAUCAUGUCCAACUGGAUGUCGAGAAGUUAUCGUUGCAUAUUUACAACACGAUCAUUGGAAACAUUGUCGUCAUCGUCUUGUUCCUUGUGGUGUUGGUGGAAAAUUGUGUCUUCGUCCUCUUGGUCUUUGGCAUCAAAAGAAUCAACUUGUUCAAUGUGCCAUUCAUUCUGAAACUGCGCUUUUCUGGGCUAUUCACUCCCAAGAUUUGGAUUUGACGAGCUAUUUCUUACAUAAUAUCGAUGCGAGAACUGUAGUGAAUGAAGAAUUUACAAUAGGAUCAUCACCUCUUGGACUUGCAGCGUCAAUCGGAAAUAUAGAAUUGAUUUAUCUUUUGCUUCGAUUUGGAGCAAAUGUGAAUUUUGAAACAUCACGUGGUCGAACACCAUUAGCUGAAGCUUGUGUAGCACAGAAUAUCGAAGUUGUUAAAGUUUUAAUUGAAAAUCGAGCAAGUGUGACGUAUACGAAUCGAUACGGUCGAAAUCUCAAGCAAUUGAUUCAUGAUUUUGCUCAAUUGGAUUCGAUUGUUGUAGAUUCAAAAGCUCAAGAAUUGAAAUGGAAAGAGAUUCUUCAUUUACUAGACGAACAGGAAGAAUUGGAACAAGCGCAACGAAAUCUUUUUCUUGCGAUUGGAUGUUCAAAUUAUGAAUAUUUGAUCAAUUUAUUAACCUCCUCUUCCAAGACAUCAAAUCAUGAGCUUUUGUUAGCAAGUUCAAUGGAAAAUCUUGUUGAGAUUGUUACUAUGAAAGAAAAGAUGGUUGCAUCUACUUGUAGUGAAUAUAAUGAAGCUAUUACAGAUUCAAAUAACUUUAACAAUACAUUGGAAAGUAUUCGUAGUCGAGUUAUUGAAGAUACCAAUCAAGUAAAUGAUUAUUGUCGUCAAUUACAAGAAGUGAAGAUAGCAGAAGAACUGUCGGAAUGUUUUUCAAAUACAUUGGAAACAAAUAUGCUUGCAAUGCUUCGUCAGAUUUCAGCGCAAGAGAUUGCAAUGAUCGUCAAUUCGAAGAUUUCAUCCGAAAUCUCAUUCAUCAUAUUGAAAACUGUCUUGAUAUUAUGUGGUUUUGGUCACAAUAUCAACUACACGAGUUCUCAAUGGUGGGAACUUGCCCAAGCACUAGUGAUGGAUCGUAAAUUAUUGCGUCAAUUGCGUCAAUAUCGUCAACAAAUCAUUUCUUCAAACGCUAAAACUCAAAUUCAAGUUGAAUGUUUUUCAAAACUUCCUUCAUAUACUCGAAUGAAAGAAAAGAUUCAAACGUUUGGUUUUGACUUUGAUACAAGACAGAAAAUUGAGAUCCAAGACGUUGAGAAUAAAAGUAUUGCAAUAUUAGCAAUGUGGAUUAUUGGUGUUGAGAUGGAAUGGCAAGCGAAAGAAAAGCGUCAACUUCUUUUCGAAGAAAAGGAAAAACUCGAGAAUGCACUUCUUGUCGUCCGUGCAAAGCAAGAAAAUUCCACAUUGGAGGCUCAAAAUGCGACACAAUCGCUUCAAGAUCAUCAGGAUGAUCUUGAAAAAGCUCGAAUUCGGAAAGAAAACGCAAUAAAUGAGCUUCAUGUAGCUAAAAAGCAAGUGUUUUUAUAUAAAGUGUUUACGUUUGUGGCUUUAAAUGGUCACACUCCAUUCACUUUUGCUUGUGCAGUAGGAAACGAAGCAAUUGUUCAUCUCUUGAUCUCAUAUGGUGUUUCAAGUGGAUUCCAACUUCCAGAACGAAUUCUUUGUGCUUCUUUCAUUCAAGCAUUUGUACGCAAUAUACAAUUUCGAAAGAAAAGUUCUCGACAGCAUUUAAAUGAACGAUUUUAUCAAAGAAAGACACAUCAGAGUGUGAUUGAUACUUGGAAACAUAAGAUUCUUUGUUAUCGUCAAAGUCAUCGUGUUGCAAUACAUGAAGCUAUUAUAAAUGGACAUUCAAAAAUUAUUGCAAUAUUAUUGUCGAAUGGAGCAAAAGUCUGGCAAAAGUCUUAUGUACUUCCUCAACGCAGUUAUCCUGGAUCUUAUCUUGAAAGUAUUGCACCGUUAUCAAAACGAACAUAUAAACUGCGUAGUCCAUGGAUAUUGCAACCUUUGGGAUCAAAAUUUAAUGUAUUGAAGGCUCAAGAGAAUGAAAUUGAUCUCAAUAAUUCAAUGACUGUGAUUCAGACACUUCAGUGUGCACUACAAUACUAUGACAGUCAAUUAUUUCUUGGAUCGAAAGGAUGGGACGCUCAUGAAACGGUUUACUCUAGUACAAAAGCAAUUGUGACUAAGGAACUUUGUCAUGUCGAAAAGUGUCGAGUAGAACGACAGAAAGAGCUUGAAAGUCAUAAAUUGAAAUUAUUGAAAGUCGAGGAAUUGCAGAAGAAACUUAUUGCUCUUGAUAUUGCAAUAAUGGAUCGAAAUUUUCCAAUUAUUGCUCAAUUACUAGAUGAUGGUGCGUAUGCAGAUUAUGAGACAAAAGAUGGUGCGAUUACUGCGUUGAUGGCUGCAUGUAUGGAGGAAUGUUAUGUUAGAAAUGCUGAUAGAAACGAUGUAUUAGCAGUGGAAUUUCUACUAAAUCGGACUACUAAUUGUCCACGUAUAAAUUUUGAGAACUCGCGUGGAUGUACCGCAUUAGAAAUAGCAGUAUCUUAUGGGACAUUAAAAUGUGCUCAAGUGUUACUAUCGCGAGAAAGUGGCAAUGAGGCGUGCGUACACUUUUUAGUAGCAAAUGAACAUGUCGAUCCUUUUUUGCAAGAUUUGCAUGGAAAAAGAGCAUUAGACUAUGCACGCACAAAAGGGUUUGUAAAAAUUAUGGGUCUUUUAGAAGCAGCAAUGGGUAAUCGACAAACUCGUGUCGUGAGUACAAUUUCGGGGUUAUAUGGUGUAUGUAAAUGGGGAUGUGGUUAUAUGACUCCAUUUGAAGGACAUGUCGUUCAGGAGUCCCAAGUGAUACGAACGACAAAGCCCCUUGAAGACCAUGAACAACAUCAUUGUCGUAAACGUCUUGUAACUUGUCCAAAUGACUGUCAUCUCACUAAUUUAUGGGCUGAAGAACUGGAAAAGCAUUUGUACGAUAGUUGCGAGCGUCGUAUAGUCACAUGUACGAACCAAAAAUGCACUGUACGAUACUUAUUUCAAGAUCAGUGGAAUCACUUAAAUAAUGAAUGUCAAUUUCGUGUGGUUCUAUGUGACUGUGGACAAAAUAUGACUUUUAAACGUCAUGUCGUGCAUACAAAGACAGAAUGUUCAAUGCGUCGUGUCUUCUGUCCAUUACAAUGUGAAGAAUCAUACGAGAAAGAACGAUUUGAAUAUUUUCAACUUCGAUGGAAAGAUGUCAAAGUUCAUAUAGCACAAGAAUGUCCACAUCGCAAUAUACGAUGUCGAAAUGGGUGUACGAUUCAAAAGUUAAGAGCAAAAGAUCGUACAGUUCAUGAAAGUACCGAGUGUUUACUACGUCGUGUCAGUUGUACAUGGGGCUGUGGAGAGACUAUAUUUGCUAAGACUCAAAAGUUGCACGAACAAGAGGAAUGUGUACGACGGCGACAAAACUGUCCGUAUCGUUUCGUCGAUUGGUUGAAUGUCCGCUACAUUGUGACCGUCGAAUUUCCCUCCAUAUAUUAG